CCUCUUGUUUCUUCUUGCCAUUGCUUUCAUAUCUACCCGCUUUCUUGUGCUUUGAGUCAUGAAGCUCGUAAGCAUGAGUUUUGGAGAGUUCCAAUCAUGCCACUUGCUUCUUGGUAUUGCUCUUGCACUGUGCUUUAACCAAGUCUCCUCCACCACCAAUGAAACAGACAAGCUCGCGCUACUCACAUUUAAGGCUGGCAUACCGGUGGAUCCUUUCAGGGUGCUCAACUCAUGGAACAAUAGCAUUGGCUUUUGCCAGUGGCAUGGCAUUACGUGCGGCCGCAAGCACCGGAGGGUCACGAUCUUGGACUUGCAGUCACAAGGACUCUCUGGAUCAAUCUCUCCUCAUAUCGGGAACCUCAGCUUCUUAAGGGAGAUGUUGCUACAAAACAAUAGCUUCAAUCAAGAAAUCCCUCCACAACUCGGCCAGUUGCGCCGCCUGCGUAUCCUACGAUUGGACAACAAUUCAUUGGUUGGCGAAAUUCCCAGGAACAUGUCGGGUUGCUCAGACCUGGUCACCCUCAUGCUUGGGUUUAACGAACUAACUAGAGAAAUUCCCGGAGAGCUCGGUUCAAUGCCGAAGCUACAAGUGUUUGUUUUGGGUUGGAACGAUCUAACGGGGAGUGUGCCUUCCUCCAUGGGAAACUUAUCUUCAUUGGAGGUCCUUUUUUUAACCGGAAACAACUUGGGCGGGAGCAUUCCCCAAGUUCUAAGCUACCUGGCAAACUUGCGAAUGCUUGCUUUUGGAGGAAACAGAUUGUCAGGUACAAUUCCAUCUUCGCUACUCAAUCUCUCUUCGCUCAUUACAUUUGAUGUUGGAGAAAACCGGAUACAGGGGACUCUACCUGCAGGCAUAGGCCUCAAACUCCCAAAUCUUGAAUUUUAUGGCAUUGGUUUGAACCAUCUUGAGGGGCCGGUUCCUGUAUCGAUAUCGAAUUGCACAAAGCUAGGCUCACUUCAACUUAAUGUUAACAGGUUUUCCGGAAGAGUACCUUCUCUGGAAAAUUUGUAUAAGCUUAGUGUGUUUCGAUUCAGUAGUAAUCAGCUUGGAAGUGGAAGACCUGAAGACUUGAGCUUUCUAUGCUCGUUAACUAACAGCACCAAAUUAGAGAUCGUGAGUGGUGGGGGGAACAAGUUUGGUGGGUUGUUACCUAAAUGCGUAGGUAAUUUAUCUACCUCUCUCACGUUCUUUUCUUUGAAUGAGAAUCGAGUAUCUGGUGAGAUUCCAUAGGAAAUCGGGAAUCUUAUCAACCUGAGAGUUUUGAGUAUAGGUUCCAACCAGCUUUCAGGUGUUAUCCCCUCAAAUUUGGGGGCCCUACAAGAUGUAGGGAUGCUGCUAUUAGGUGAUAACAACCUGGGAGGGAGUAUCCCAUCUUCCUUGGGAAAUUUAACCAAGUUAAUUCAACUGCAUCUAAGGGGGAACAACUUUCAUGGGCCAAUUCCUUCACAUCUAUCAAAUUGCUGAUCUCUUGAUGUGCUCGAUCUGUCUAAUAACAAUCUGAGUGGUGCCAUACCCUCGCAAGUUAUAGGCCUCUCAUCAUUAGGGAUCGUUCUGAACUUGUCUCGUAAUUAUCUGACUAGGGUUCUACCCACAGAUGUUGGCAACUUGAGAGCUUUAACUGCUUUGGACAUCUCGGACAAUUUGUUGGUAGGUGAAAUCCCCAGUAGUUUAGGUUAUUGCACUGAAAUGACAUCACUCGGGAUGGGGGGAAACUUCUUCCACGGGUCCAUUCCUCAAUCAAUCGGAUCGUUAGGAGGCAUUGAAGAGCUAGAUCUUUCACACAAUAAUUUGUCGG